AUGAGUUCAACCGUCGUUGCUCCUCCUCUUCGUGCCUCAUCGCUGCUGCUCUCCCUCUCCUCUUCCUUCCGCGUUGCUCCUCCUUCUCCCACUGCCGUUGACCUCUACCUUCUUCAAGAUCAAACUAAUUCAGUCGUUUAUUCAUGGGUUGGUGAUGAUCCAUGUGGAGAUGGUGAUUAUAGAGUUGUUACUGGAUUGGAAGUUUAUGCAGUGUCAAUUGUUGGGCUAUUUCCCAUUGCUGUUACUAAUCUGUUGGAUCUUCAGAGGCUUGCAAGUGACGUGUAUUCCUAUCACAAGUUGGCAAAGGAAUAUCAUCCUGAUACGAAUAAGAAUAAUCCUUCUGCGAAGAGGACGUUUCAAGAGAUAAAAGAUGCUUAUGAGAAUCUUUUCAAUGUUGAAAAUGAUCCAGUCAAGAAAAAAUAUUUCUAAAAGUUGUGGGCAAAAGAUUCAGGGAUUUCAAGGCCAAGUUAGUGAGUGGUUGGAUUACUAAAAUGAGACAGAGAGUUUGAAAUCAGGGAAGUGUGCACAACAAACGGGCAAUACGGAGUGCGACUACUAUGUGAUGAAGUUCAUGUACGAUAUAGUCACAAGAUCUCGAAAAGGUAUUCAAUAAUCCGAGGGAGCGGCCUUUCACCCUUGAGGAGAUAGAUGAAGUUCGAGAAAUGUUGGAAAACUUCAUAACCAGUGAUUGUCUUUGAUAUUUUCUUGUACUGAAUCUUAAAUUAUGGAUGCUAGCUAGUUUUUCAUAUGAUUGUAAUGUAAUCGACUUUUAUAUUUACAAUUAUAUACUAUUUAAUUUAAUUAUCUAUAUAAUUGGAUACUUUUAUAUGA